CUACUCAGCGGCAACUUGACUCGUGUGUGUCCUCUCCGGCAUGACGUCACGGAGGGACACUCCACGCGACAAGUGUACAGACAAGAUGGCGCUCGCUGUUGUACCCCACAAGUAAUCAGCGCUUGAAGAAAAUUCAGAUUUUCCAUCAUGCCUGGGAAGGAGCUGGAUUCAUCGCUGUCUGCCGUCACCAUGGUGAUGUGAGAAGGGGAGUGGCUCCCUGUGAUGGAUAGGUGUAAGCAUGUGGGUCGCUUAAGGCUCGCUCAGGACCACUCGAUCCUGAACCCGCAGAAAUGGCACUGUGUGGACUGCAACACCACAGAGUCCGUGUGGGCAUGCCUCAGCUGUUCACAUGUGGCGUGCGGACGGUACAUAGAGGAGCAUGCGCUUCAGCACUUUAAGGAGCAGCACCACCCCCUGGCCCUGGAGGUGAAUGAAUUGUAUGUGUACUGCUACUUGUGUGACGACUAUGUGCUAAACGACAAUGCAACCGGUGACUUAAAGCUGUUGCGUAGCACACUGAGCGCUAUUAAGAGCCAGUGCUAUGAAGUCACCACACGCAGUGGCCGUACCCUACGGUCGUCCUCCACCGCUGGAGACCAACUGUCCCCCAGCACGCAGGAGCUUCAGCUGCGCGAUGAGGACCGCAUGUUCACGGCACUCUGGCACCGCCGGCGUGCCCUCAUUGGUCGCGUCUUUCGCUUGUGGUUUGUGCAGACGGAACGGGGCCAGAUGCGAUUGGAAGAAGAACGGCAACAGGAGGAAGAAGAGGAGAAGAAAAGGGAGGCACGGGAGAGAAGGCGGGAACUUAAACGGCAAGCCAGAGAGGAGCUUGAAAGCGCGCCUCCAAGGAAGAGCCGUCGGAUUCAUCGGCAGAGCCUUAAAGCUGUGUCGGCUUCCACACCAACGUCAGCCAUAAGCACCAAAUCCACAAUACGAAGGUCUGCCCCAGCUCGCAUCUCCACCCCUACUCCACGAACAACUAAAGACAGAAAGCCUCAGCAGAGGCCUCGUACAUCAACGAAAGCCAAAAGGCCUCGGCCACCCCCACCUAAAACAGGCGAUUCACCAAUCAAACGCCGACCCACCGUCACACCAGGAGUUACGGGUUUGCGCAACCUUGGCAAUACAUGCUACAUGAACUCUAUUUUGCAGGUUCUGAGUCACUUGCAUGUAUUUCGGGAGUGCUUUUUGAGGCUGGACCUGAACCAGGCACUUGAACUGCUAGCCUCUGCGGUGAGCCGUAAGUUAGGACUCACCAGUCAGCACGUGUCUCAGCCUAAAGGCUCCAACCAGUGGUCGGGGCUCAGCGGAGGAGCCUCACGCUCACGAAACAUGGAGCUCAUCCAACCCAAGGAGCCGAGCUCCAAACACAUCUCACUUUGUCACGAGUUACACACGCUGUUUCAAGUGAUGUGGUCAGGGAAGUGGGCCCUGGUGUCGCCGUUCGCCAUGCUGCACUCUGUGUGGCAGCUGAUCCCGGCGUUCCGAGGAUACGCACAGCAGGACGCACAGGAAUUUCUUUGUGAACUUUUAGAUAAAGUCCAGCAUGAGCUGGAACGGACCAGAACGCUAACGCCCACCACCGUGCCGGCCAAUCAGAGACGGCUUAUCAAACAGGUGCUCAGCGUGGUGAACACCAUCUUUCACGGACAGCUGCUCAGUCAGGUGCGGUGUUUAGCAUGCGAUCAUCGCUCAAACACAAUAGAACCGUUCUGGGAUCUUUCUUUGGAGUUUCCAGAGCGUUACCACAGCAACAGUAAGGAUGCUGCACAGGUUCAAUGUGGGUUGACAGAGAUGCUGGCCAAGUUUACAGAAACGGAGGCUUUGGAGGGAGCCAUAUAUGCUUGUGACCACUGCAAUAGCAAACAGCGGCGAUUUUGUUCAAAGCAGGUGGUUCUAACUGAAGCACAGAAACAACUGAUGGUCCACAAGCUGCCUCAUGUUCUCAGGUUGCACCUCAAACGCUUCAGGUGGUCUGGGCGAAAUCACAGGGAGAAGAUUGGAGUUCACGUUCAGUUUGAGCAGGAGCUUGACAUGGAACCAUAUUGCUGCAAGGACUCCAGUAACUCGCUCCACCCUCAACACUUCCUCUACCAGCUCUCUGCUGUCGUGAUGCAUCAUGGGAAAGGAUUUGGCUCUGGCCAUUACACAGCCUUUUGUUAUAAUACAGAAGGAGGGUUUUGGGUACACUGUAAUGACUCUAAACUGAGUGUGUGUGCCGUGGAGGAAGUGUGCAAGGCCCAGGCCUACAUUCUCUUCUAUACACAGCGGAACUCCCAGGACAAAAUCAAAGCCAGUGACCUCUGACCCCUACCGAGCAGCCCGUCAGCCCAGAGACUGUAAUUUGUACAUUCUGUUGAUAUAGAUUUCGAGCUGGAUAGCACGUGUCUCCUUUUUAUUCUAGUGUACAGCAGUUGCGGAGAGUGUUUGUUUUUGUAAUACGCACACUCAUGCCUUAAAGUUAUACGACUGACAGAUUUUUGUGCGAGGCAUUCUUGCAGUGACUAGCAUUGUGUGUCAGUAUGUAUGAAGAAAGUGAUAACGGUCCUUUGCGUGUAUGUCCUGUUUAAUACUGAAUGUUGUCCACAAACCAAAGUUGUGAGUUUGAAUGUGUACCGAGCCGUGAAAUGUUAGUAUGAAAAAACAAGAUCAAGACAUUUUUCUCUUAAUAUCACAAUAUGUUUGUGUUUUGAUUGUGAUUUUUUUUAAGUGACAAGUUUAAAACACAAAUCACAACAUUUCAGGACUUUUUCUGUCACCUUGUCCGAAUGUAGUUUUAUACCUGGUAUUUGGGUAAUUUUUUUCCAUUUUACAGGAAAAUGUAAGAGAUGUUUACACCAGCAGAAAACGUGUAUGCUGUAUCAUAUACUGCCCAAUUUGGUGUAUAUGCUGUUAGACGGUUGUCUAUUUUUCUGUUGGAUGAAUGCGUAUCUGCAACUCGCACACACGCAUACACCUGCUCACAUAUCUUACAAUGUUUCGACGUAUGUUUGUCUAGGUUAUUGUUCUAAUUCAUUUUCCUACUUCACUCUCGAGCAGGUAUAGACAUGUAACUAUGCAAAUUGAUACCUCAAUUCAUAGAGAAAUUUACCUCAAUAAAAGGAGACUAUUUUUGCAUUUUUCUAAACAA